UGCCAGGCGCAUGAGUUUCUGAGCGGAGCGAGAAGUGCGUCGGAACACGGGCCGCCGGAGGGGAGCGCGUCUUUUUUCCCUUUCGCUUUCCACGGCGCGCGCUGCGCGUCGGCCGCCCCGUGAGCGCCUCGGAAAGUCUGCGCCGUCUCCUUUCCUCACUUUGCGUGAAGCAAAACGAGUGGGCGCCCUGUGAGACUGUGACAGUGAGCGGGGGAAAUCCAUGACUUCCGCAUUUUCCCUCCCGCGCCUGAAACUCGGCGCUAAGGUCAGCGCGCUAUAAAGGAGCCACGAUGGAGCUCGGAGACACUCGCAUUAGGACGCGCUCUGUGAACGGGACUAAAACACACCUGGAUUUGUACCACUUCCAAUCGAAGCCUUUCAUAUAUAGUAUAGAAUAGUACCGAGAUGGACGAAGAGUCUCUCCAGCAGAGCGAGCGCCGCCGUGGAAGCUGCCUGGACGUUUUCCUCGUGGCGUCCAUCCUUCUUCUGCUGGUGACGGUGACGGCCGGGGCCGCUGGAGGAGUGAUUGUGGUGAUGCGGCUGCAGUCCAAACUGCACUCCGAGUCUCCGUCUUAUAUGAUGGAUACGUCAAAGACUGCAAAGGACCCCCCUCACGAAUACAAGGUGCAGAAGUUUGUCUAUCUGGAAGCCAUCAGAAGCGAGUUAAAAUCCUCCAACAUGCAAUGGGCUCCCGUCAACUACAGCGACCAAACUUCUGUUGGAAGCAACUUCCUCUUUGACGAGAACAAUCAUUCGCUGAAGGCCACACAUGCAGGGACCUACUUCAUAUACAUCGAUCUGAAUCUCACGUGCACACACCAAUGCGCGGACGGCAUCCUCAGCCUGCGUGUGGGGGACAAGCUCACCUGCCAGGUGCACCUUACGAAACCGGUCGAUCAAUUCACACCUGUGACCAGAAAGUGUUGGACAGUGAGCCAGCUGAGUAACCAGAGUGUGCUGGUCACUCAGAUGACUGUGCCAGAGGAGGGACUGGACAACUGGAAACUGGAGCUGAGUGGCUCAGGAUUUGGAAUGUUCCAAGUGGACUAAUGUGCACACAUGAAUCUGUAUGCAGUGUCGCUGCUCUCUUGAAAAUGCAGAUGUGCCCCCGAUUCAGGGGGAAUGGGCAGGCAAUGAAAGCUACGACCACAUCAAUAGCAAACUAUGAUAAAAGGUGAUGGAACUUGGCUGGCCUGGAAUCUGAAGAGGAAUCAUAUUCAUGAAAAUGCAAAUAGCUUGUGGACAUUUUGCCGUAUAAAGUACUCUGUAUUUAUUUGAUAACAUGGAACUAUUUAUGUAUCUGUAUAUAUAUUUAUUGACUUUUAUAUUGGAGUGGAUAUCACUACAUUACCAUUGAGUUUGAUCGGACUACAUUGAGUUAAGCGUGAAUUUAUAUCUCUUUCCAUUUCAUAAAUGGCAUGGAGCAUAACGUCUCCUUAGGGGCCCUUUUUAGAUGGCGUGUGGUUAAAGUAACGUUUUUUAAACACUUCUGGCAAUUUAUGAGUGUCACUGAUGACGGAAACAAGAUGCCACAAAGAUGAUCCUGUCGGGACAGAGAUGUCUGUGACAUGGUGACACAUGAAUUGGAGAACAAAUGGUUUUGAAAGAUUUAUACGUCCUGUGGACAAACUACACACUGAUGAAUGUAUUUUUACCAAUAUUAAACAUGACUACGGUGAAGGCUGACUUUGUGUGAACAGUGUCAAAGGGAUUUCAGUGGAAUUUAUGAAAGGUGCAUAUGUAAUGGAAAGUUCCUUUGCUGUUGCGCAGCACAUAGCGGGAACUGCCAAGACAUCACUUCCUGUUUAUUUACCACAGGUU